GAGACUUUGCUACUCAUUGCAGAUUUCAGAGAAGGAGGAUGUCUGGAACUCAGGAUGCUACUGUUGCAAGCUCUCCUGUUCCUCUUAGUCCUGCCCAGUCAUGCAGAGGAUGCUAUAACGGAAGAGGCAAAAGCUCUUGUCCCUCCACCCAAGGAAACUUGUGCAGGUUGGAUGGCAGGCAUCCCAGGACAUCCUGGCCACAAUGGGACACCAGGCCGUGAUGGCAGAGAUGGCAUUCCUGGAGAGAAGGGAGAGAAAGGAGAUGCAGGUCUUCUUGGUCCAAAGGGUGAGACAGGAGAUGCUGGACUGACGGGAGCUGAGGGGCCACGAGGCUUUCCUGGAACUCCCGGCAGGAAAGGAGAGCCGGGAGAAGCCGCUUAUGUGUAUCGCUCGGCAUUCAGUGUGGGGCUGGAGAGCCGCGUCACUGUCCCCAAUGUUCCCAUUCGCUUUACAAAGAUCUUCUACAACCAACAGAAUCAUUAUGACGGCAGUACUGGGAAAUUCUACUGCAACAUUCCAGGGCUCUACUACUUCUCCUACCACAUCACGGUGUACAUGAAGGAUGUGAAAGUGAGCCUCUUCAAGAAGGACAAGGCCGUUCUCUUCACCUACGACCAGUAUCAGGAAAAGAAUGUAGACCAGGCCUCUGGCUCUGUGCUCCUCCAUCUGGAGGUGGGAGAUCAAGUCUGGCUCCAGGUGUAUGGGGAAGGGGACCACAAUGGACUCUAUGCAGAUAAUGUCAAUGACUCUACAUUUACCGGCUUCCUUCUCUACCAUGAUACCAACUGAUUGCAAUUAACUCAGAGCUGCCCUUAGCCUAAACAUCCCAGGAAUCACAGAACAGUCGACAAGCUUUCAGCUUAGUUUGAGAGAUUGAUUUUAUUGCUUAGUUUGAGGGUUCUGAAUGUUAUCCACAUGGGUACUCAUUCAUUCAUUAAAUGACUUUAUAAAAAAUAAUUUCUGUGUUCCUAGUCCAGAAAAGAAGCACUCCCUGGUCUCCCGACUCUUACAUAGUAGCAAUAACAGAAUGAAAAUAACAUUUGGUAUAGGAGCUUCUCAUGACUAUCUGAAAGUAGACCAUGCUAGUUUCUGUUCAGUGUACACAAAUCUUGUUUAUGAAAAUCCUGUAAGGUACAUAUGAAAUACGAUAUCUACUCUUUUCACAGCUGAGGUCUUUAGGCGGAGUUUAUGAAUGUCUAAAGACCCACAAGUAUUAAACUGGCAGAGCUAAAAUU